AUGGCUUGGCGUUCCCGUGCUACAGUCCUUAUAUUCUUCUUCUACUUCUUCUCCUCAUGUCUUUUCUUAUCUCGCGUCGACGCUCAGCUUGAAUCCGAUGGGUGUCUAAAGUUGGAGUCAUCCAAAGCAUGUCGCGCAUUCGACCCAUACUAUGUCGCCAUUUCAGCACUCGCAUCGUCCUAUUCUUUUCUCGCCAAUGUUGACAGCGUUGCCUCAUUUGACACCAGUCUACAGGACCACCUCGCAACCACGUCGCCUAUGCAAGAGAUUGGAUGUGCCAACAAUACCCAAUAUGCACGUUAUUCACUGACACAGACAUGUGCCCUCUUGAUCCACAACACCCAGUCCUUGACUUGCAACUAUAAUCGUGGUGUAUCACCCCAACCCAUGUGCCAAUCAAGCUGUGACGAAUGGGUCGAUAGCAUCAGUACGCUCCUCCAAAAGGAUGGCUCUCAAUGUUCAGCCGAUUCCUUUCAAGAGCAAUGCGAUGGAUGGCCUGCAUUUAGUGGCACAGAUGGAAAUUGUAUAUUGGGAUCAGACAAUGAACCUGAUAAUUGUGGAUUCCAAGACAACAAUCAAGCUGCAUGUGAUUACUGCCAGAACAAUAGCACCGAUUCAUGCUGCAGCUCAGUAUCAUGUGGUGCUGCAUUAUCCGCAGGGGCCAUUGCAGGGAUCGUCAUUGGAUGCGUGGCUGCUGCAGCUAUGAUGAUUGCGGGUAUCUUUUAUUGUUGGCGACGACAACGACAACGACAACAACAUCCAAGAGACAGUAUCCAUGGCGGCAGUGGUGGCGUCGGCAACAAUGGCGGGUUUGUACCGAUUUCGAUGCAACGCUAUGAGGAUGAGGCUCGAAUGAACUUGGUUGGUGGUGAAGCACCCAUGACACCCACUGAAGAAAAGACACAACUCCCUUCGACCAUGUCGGUGGAAAUGGCAGAAGUAUUUUGUGAAGUCGCCCAUGGAUAUCAACCACAAAUGGAAGACGAGAUGGAAUUACGAGAGGGUGAUGUUGUCUACCUUAUCUUUCAAUUGGAUGAUGGAUGGGGUUAUGGUUUAAACUUGGCUUCAUCAACACCUGGUGUGUUUCCACUUGUAUGCGUUGUACAAGCCCGAGAAGAGUUGCUGGAACAACUAUUGCUGCCAUCAUCAUCAUCAUCAUCAUCAUCAUCAAGUAACCAUGUGCAUAAUGAAAAGACGCUUAUUGAAGAAGAAGAGGAAGAAGAACAUCAAGAUCCAGAACGAGCAAGUAUGCUAUCACCCAAUGGCAACAAUAGUGCAAUACCAUCUCCCCUGAGCAGCUGUAAUACAUCCAUAUCGAAUUCAGCAUUGGCAGCACGUAUGCAAGAAUUCCGUGACAACGUGCGACGAUCGAUUAGUAUUGGCUCUCUCAAAAGGAUUAGUCGACAACCACGUCCUAUGCCACCUGUACAAGUGCAUCAUCAUGACACAAUGCCAACGCGUCGUGUAUCAAGUAUUCAUCGACCUCUAUCACCUCCAUUACUUUCAGCACCACCCGUGACAUCUUCCUCCUCAUCAUCAUCCACUCCUACUACUACAGCUACUACGAGUCGCUAUGCGCUGGACGCCAAUUCCCAAGUCCAUCCAUUACCACCACCACCUUCAUCUACUACAACAACAACAGGUGAAGCUUACGAAAUGCACCACACUAUUUUACCACAUUAG